CGUAUGAAUUACCUUGUGCUUUGGCCGCUUUAGUUUUGUUGCAUGAAGGUUCUGGGCUAUUAGAAUGUGAAACUAAAGAGUCACAAACAAUACGGUAUGCAAAAAGUCGUCUUCCCUUGUAUCAUAGUUUUUUUCCCGAAUUAGUUCAAAUUCAAACGCAUUUAGAAGAUUUUUCUUUGUGCGAAAAGCAUUAUAACCAACUUGUAGUAUCUGAUUUUUUGCGACAA